GCGACAAGGCUCUCCGGCUCGUCUUCAUCGCCGAAGGACGGGUUAAACAGGUUACUCUCACUCAGUCUCUUACUCUCCCUUGUCUCUCCAUUGUAUGCUUCCUAUCAUGCCCAAUUGUGUUGAGAUUUUUGAUUUCAUGUUUCCGACACUUUCUCAGCAACCAAACGUAGGGUAAUGAUUUCAUUCACAUUUAAUUAUCGUAGGUCAGACAAUUUCAGUAAUGUAUUGAGUAUCAAUGGAAGGUGCAGGCUUGAUGGGAUUUGGGGGGCAUCAGUCUUGAGUGAAUAAAAUCUAUCUGGAAUUCCAGAAACCUGUUUAUUUUUCGAGUCCCCAAUGCGUUCAAGGAGAACAAAUUGGUGAUAUGCAGUCUCCUCUGGGAGCCUCUUUGAUAUGUAUAGAAGUCUUGGCCGACAUCGGCUUGCAUAUCGUGCACAAAUAUCCAGCUAUGUUAAAGCAGGUUUGAUUGAUCAAGCUCUCAAAACUUUUGAUGAGAUGACUAAAUCCAAUUGCCGUGUGUUUAGUAUUGACUACAAUAGAUUUAUUGGAGUGUUGGUUCGUCAAUCUCGAUUUGAUUUGGCAGAGCAGUAUUACUAUAGAAUGAUACCACAAGGCUUUUCUUUGAAUUCAUUUACAUAUUCAAGGUUCAUUUCUGGUUUGUGUAAGGUGAAGAAUUUUGUCCUUAUUGAGAAACUUCUAGAGGACAUGGAUAGGCUUGGAUAUGUGCCUGAUAUCUGGGCUUAUAAUAUAUAUCUGAAUCUUUUGUGCUGUGAGAACCAGCUAGAUGUGGCUCUAGGGGUAGUGCAGACCAUGGUUGAAAAGGGAAGAGAGCCUGAUAUUGUAACCUAUACCAUAGUCAUCAAUGGGCUGUGUAGAGCAGGAAGGUUUGAUUCUGCUGUUGAAAUUUGGCGUAAUAUGGUUAGAAAGGGGUUUAGUCCUGAUGAAAAAGCUUGCAGGGCACUUGUCCUUGGUUUGUGUCAUGAUGGGAAGGUUGAUUUAGCUUAUGAGCUCACGGUGGGUGCAAUGAGGGGACGAAUUAAGUUUAGUAAGUCAAUUUACAAUUCUCUUAUCAAUGGGUUUUGUCAGGCUGGUCGGAUUGACAAAGCACAAUCGAUUAUAUCCUUCAUGAGAAGGAAUGGAUGUGAGCCAGAUUUGGUUACAUACAAUGUGCUGCUAAACUACUGUUGUGAUGAGCUCCUGCUGGAGGAGGCUGAGAAUUUGAUGAAGAAGAUGGAAAGGAGUGGGGUGGAACCCGAUGUAUAUAGUUACAAUGAACUUCUUAAGGGCCUUUGUAAAGCUAACCGGUUAGACAAGGCUUAUAUGAUGAUGGUGAACAAGAUGGAGGCCAAAGGAUUGUGUGAUGUUGUAUCCUACAAUACCAUCAUUAAAGCGCUUUGCACGGCGUCCCAUACUAAAAGGGCAUACAAGUUAUUUGAGGAGAUGGGUGGAAAGGGGAUUACUCCUGAUGUGGUGACCUUUACCAUACUUAUAAAAGCUUUUCUUAGAGAAGGUAGUUCAAACAUAGCCAAGAAGCUUCUUGAUCAGAUGACAGGAUUGGGUUUGUUACCAGAUCGUGUACUGUAUACUACAAUUGUUGAUCACCUGUGUAAGACUGGGAAAAUGGGGAUGGCUCACAGUGCUUUUUGUGACAUGGUAGAGAGUGGGAUAACUCCUGAUGUAGUUUCAUACAAUGCCCUCAUAAAUGGGCUUUGCAGGGCUUCCAGAGUAAGUGAAGCCAUGCAUCUAUAUGAGGAUAUGCAUACUGGAGGACCUUGUCCUGAUGAGGUGACUUUUAAAUUGAUCAUAGGGGGGCUCAUACGGGAAAAGAAGCUCUCAGUGGCCUGUAGGGUGUGGGAUCAGAUGAUGGAGAAGGGCUUUACUCUUGAUGGAGCUGUUUCUGAGACUCUAGUUAAUGCCAUCCAUUCAAAUGAUGCAUCCUGCAUGAAUAUCUGAAAUGGUUUGACUGGCUUCAUUCAUUUGGAACAUGCAUAUGACUAAGGAAUCCCUUGAAAAAGUAACCCACAAAAGUUCUACUGAGUUGGAGAGUGUUCCCUUCUACCCUUAUCAGACAAGUUCGCAGGAUUUGGAUUUUGAAGUAAUGUAUCAAACACAUCCCAUACAUUACCCAUGCUGUGAGGUGCCUUUCAGAGAGUGACAACAGUCAGCUUUCUGGAUUAUUUCAAGAACUAAACUCAUCUACUAGAAACCAUUCAUAUUCUUAGGCAUGCAUUGAGGCCAUCGAGGUUCUUAGGCUGGCCGGAGAAAUCUCAGAAACAAAUCAAUUGUUGAGAACUGGAGGGGAGGACCACCAUUUAUGUCAAAUCUAAGCAAGGAAUCUAAGUGCUGAGAGGUUGAAAAAGGAAAAAGAAGGAAGUAAUUUAAAGGGUGGACAUCGAGCAGUGACCUCAUCAAAUUGACCGCAAUCCAGUUAGUUGCAUUGUUUACUGAUCUUAAUAGGAAAGAUCAUAUCUGCAUGCUGAUUUUAAGAGGGAAGGUAAUUCCUAAUCCUAAGGAUGGUCAAGGAGUCAGAUACAUCUCAGCAAUGUGAGUCAAUCAUUCUACAGCGAGGUUAAAAUGAUUCCACAAAAAAAGAUGAAAGAUUUGAGCAACCGUCUUUUGAUGAUUGCUUGAUCUGUUCUCAACCAUGAAGUUUCAGCCCUGAUAUUCCUCAACUGAAUUACCAAUUAAAUCAUUGACCUUUAGCGAACUAAACUAUUCUAGCCAGAAAACAAUUUACUCUCUUCUGCAGAGCAGGUUUUUCUACUGUGCAGCUACAUUGAAGAAUGCAUUCAUUGAAUUCUGCGGAGAGACUCCACCCCCCCCCCUCUUUUCACAAGUCUCAUUGAAGCAGAAUGAAGUGAUUUUUUGAUGUAUGUGUCCCCAUAAUGUCCCAACUAGGAUGAUUUUAGAUUUUAGAGACUACUUAUGUUAUUUGAAACUAAAUUUGGGGAAAGGCAACUUAUUUGCUUCUGGUUUGUGGGUUGCGCCCCUUUUGUUAGGUGCUGAUUAAAUCUAUUUAUUGCAUAUAAAAUGGCAACUUUUUUGCUUCUUAA